GGCAGUCCGAACGGAACAACAUAAGACGUUGGCCCAGCGAUCGCCGGCUGCGUCGGUCACCACCGCAACUUCUUGGCCGAGACACUCAAGCAUCCGCCACAACAACUCUACUGAAGAGAAAAUGGACUACGCGGAAUACAGAACUAAAGGGAAGGAGAUGGUGGACUACAUCGCCGACUACCUGGAGGGCAUCCGGGACCGCCGCGUGUUCCCGGACGUCAAGCCCGGCUACAUGUGCGACCUCGUGCCGCCGCAGGCACCCAAUCGGGGCGAGCCCUGGGCUGACGUCAUGGCCGACGUUGAGCGCGUCAUCAUGCCUGGGGUGACCCACUGGCAGAGUCCGUACAUGCACGCGUACUUCCCGGCACUGACGUCGCCACCGUCCAUGCUCGGGGACAUGCUCGCGAACGCCAUGGGAUGCUUGGGAUUUACAUGGGCGUCGAGCCCGGCUUGUACUGAGCUCGAGAUGAUCGUCAUGGACUGGCUGGGCCAGAUGAUCGGCCUGCCCGACGAGUUUUUGCACAGCUCCAAGGACAGCCAUGGCGGCGGCGUCAUUCAGACCACAGCGUCCGAGGCGACGUUCGUGUGCCUGCUCGCCGGAAGGACGGAGGCCAUCAGCCGGUACAAGAAGACGUGUCCCGACCUGGACGACGCCGAGAUCAACAGCCGACUGGUGGCCUACUGUUCAGACCAGGCGCACUCGUCGGUGGAGAAGGCCGGCCUGAUUGGUCUCGUGAAGAUGCGCUACAUCGAGACCGACCACCAACUGAGCCUACGCGGCGACAAGCUGGUGGAGGCCAUCCGACGCGACCGCCAGAAGGGACUCAUACCGUUCUUCCUUUGUGCUACGCUGGGAACCACAGGAGCCUGCGCUUUCGACAACCUCAGUGAACUUGGACCGAUUUGUCGUGAGGAGGAGAUCUGGAUGCACGUGGACGCGGCGUACGCCGGCACAGCGUUCAUCUGCCCUGAGUUCCGGCACUGGCUGGUCGGGGUCGAGUUCGCCGACUCGCUGGCGUUCAACCCUAGCAAGUGGAUGAUGGUGCACUUCGACUGCACCGCCAUGUGGGUAAAAAACAGCCAGACCUUACACCGCACCUUCAACGUGGAUCCCUUGUAUCUCCAGCACGAGAACUCGGGGUACGCCAUUGAUUUUAUGCACUGGCAGAUACCUCUGAGCAAGAGGUUCCGGGCGUUGAAGCUGUGGUUUGUGCUGCGCAGCUACGGUGUGGAAGGCCUGCAGGCACACGUCAGGGAGGGCGUCCGUCUGGCCAACAAGUUCGAGUUGUUCGUGCAGUCCGACCCGCGCUUCGAAGUGGCCGCCACGCGCCACCUGGGCCUGAUCUGCUUCCGUCUGCGCGGCGACAACCAGCUGACUGAACGGCUGCUGAAGCGUCUCAACUCCGGGGGCAAGAUCCACUGCGUGCCGGCCUCGCUCAAGGGCAAAUACGUGAUUCGCUUCACGGUGACAUCCACGCACACCCGGCUGGACGACCUGACCCGAGACUGGAACGUCGUCAAGGACACGGCGUCCGAGGUUCUGGCCGAGAGUCGGGCGCCCGUGCAGCAGCAGCAUAAGAAGAUCAUGCUGGCAGAGACGCGUCGUAACCCGGACUUCGGCACCUCGCUGCUGCUGGCCAACAGUCCCAUGUCGCCCAAGAUCGUGGACGGCAGCUACGUGGCCAUCUUUGACAACAAGGAUCUGCUGGGAGACUUCGCCAAGAAGCUGGCCCACUUCAGGACCGACCUGGUCCGUAACAGUCCCGCGCUUCGGCGCCGCGUGCGCGGCAUGAUCAUGUCUGGGAAGCAGUUCUCACUGGACUCCCGCAUGGACAUUGUGUCAACCAUGGCGUCCAACGCCGACGGCGACACGAACGGCGAGCAGGACACCUCCGAGAACGGCAGCCAGACCCCCAACAAGUGGAAGCGUUCAGUCUCCAUGGUCCCGGCCGGGCCAGAUGACGCCGGCAUGGCUCAGCUGAUGGUGGAUGACGUCAUUGAGGAGGACGAUGACGAGAGCGAUGAUGAGAGGUACCACCAGCGAAUCAGAGAAACAGUGGCAAGGAACGCCUGCAGAAAAUGCGGCAACAUCGUCUGGGUGAAGUAAAUCCUGCUGCAGACGGCAUCUAAGCGAUGAGGACCGUCGUCGCCAACUCGGGAUCUCGACCAGCGCGUGCUCGCACGUCGCAGCUCGUGUAUUUUGCUUCGUUCGUGUUCUCUCUCGCCACGGAAAGAAAUCCAUUGUUUCAUCUCUUCAGGAAAUGUGCACUCGCUGACGUACGUUGUCUAGUCACGCGCGUCGGUCGUACGCGAUUGGUUCCUGCGUAGACGUAUGCAGAGACGCUUAGCUUAAGAUAUAG